AGCCCGGAUCUCCGCCUGCCGUCAUCAGGAGGCGUGGAAGGUCCACAGAGGAGCCGGGCAUGUUCAAACAUAUCCAGGGACACCAGCCUACUGUACCAACCUCAACGGAGUACGGUCAUUGCGCAUGCAUUAGAUUUAUACGCAGACUAUAGAGAGUUGCUGUCUUGGCUAUUAUUAAUGUCAUAUAAAAUUGAUAUGUUUUCCUGAGGACUUGAUUCCGACACAAUAACAUAUGAGAUCUGUAUUUAAUGGAUUCAUUUCGAGGCGUAGCCUAGUCUAUCACUGCUGAAGAAGACUAUCUAAGUUUUGGCUCUGACUUCAGCUCAAUGUGGCCAUGUCUUUCCCGGCUAAAGUGAUCAGAGACGGGCUGCUAGAGAAGCGCAGCAGCGGGCUCCUCCAGCUGUGGAAGAAGAAGCGCUGCGUGCUGACAGAGGAAGGGCUGCGCCUGCACAACUGCAGAGGCGGUGGCUCCAAAGCAAAGGAGCUCCGCUUUGAGCGCAUGGCCACGGUGGACUGCGUGGAGUACAAGCGAGGGCUGGUGUACUUCACCGUGGUCAUGGCUACGGGAAAGGAGAUUGACUUUAGGUGUACGCAGGACGGCACGGCGUGGAACGCGGAGAUCGCUCUGUCAUUGGUGCGUCAUAAGAACCUGCAGGCCGUGCAAACAGGACGGAACAGACACCUGUCCACAGCACACCUGGGCAGCACUGGGGAGGAUGAGGAGCUUUGACCUGGUAAAGACUUUCUACUUCUUGGGAGUGAACCAAUCAAGGUGGGGAAGGGUAGAGGACACCAGAUCCAUGAGCAGGAUUCUGUAGUGCACAGCAUGAUGGGGUGUACAGCGCAGCCAUUGGUGAAAAUGGAUUAAAGGGGAGAGAAGAAGUGUCACAAACACUCAUCCCGUCUUUCUACAUGAGCUUAUUCACGCUGUCACACAAAGCCUAGGAAUUGUAUAUACUGUAGGUCAUUGUGGAGAAGGCUGUGUAAGGAAAAUAUGGCGUUAUUUAGACAGAAUCUGUAAAGCCGAGGCACUGUUUACCCCUUGUGCCUUGAUGUUUCAAAAAUCUUCCAUUUUGGACAUAUUUUUCCUACCUAUUUCUAAUGUUGCUAAAACAGUAGUCACUUUAUUUCUUCAGUCUUGCUUUUGAUGAAAACACAUCGCUGUUUGACUGACUUUGAAACCUUUUGUUAUAAAGACUAAACAGAUGCAUGCUUUUUCUAAAGUUGAACAUGAAGAAGAAACAUUUUGCUCAUAUGCACAAUGUAUUCUAUAUAUUUGCUGAAACCAUGUACAGUAUUACACUUUUAAAAAGAUUAAAAACAUUUUCCUCUGUAA